CCGACCCCGUCUCUGCCCUCGGAGACAGAAUUGAAACAGACCAGACAGAAAAAGAAGCAAGAUUGUCAGCGGCGCACGCUGCGAGAGCGCACAUCGUACAUAGAAUGGACAAGCUAUUCGGGCGCAAGCCGGCGGCAUGCUGGGACCCAACCGACAAGGUGGUGCCGCUCCACUUCUUCGAGAAUAGCCUGUUGGUGCAGGGGAACAACAUGGCUGUGUCCCUGGUCUUCGACGAUGUGCUGGAUCCGGAGAAGCUACGCCAGUCUCUCGAGCGCCUGAUCAAGCGAGACGGGUGGCAGAGGUUAGGAGGUCGCCUCAGGAAAAAUGCGUCCGGCAAGAUUGAGUGGCACAUCCCAACCAAGUUCACGGCCUCGAGGCCGGCACUCCGCUUCAGCCACGUCGACCAUGGCAUGCCGGCGGCAUCACACCCGGCAGCGUCGCGCAUCCCGACGCCUAGCGACCGGCCCGCCGUGGUCGGCGAUCCGGACGACCUCGCCGACCUGGCGUGGGAGCCCGGCCACAGACCGGGCGGCAUUAGCGACUAUCUAGCCGCCGACAUCCCCGUGCUGGGCCUGCGCGUCAACUCCUUCACCGACAAGACUGUCGCCGUGUUGCAGUGGCAGCACGUCGCCUUUGAUGCGAUCGGCAUGCAGUACGUGGUGGAAAACUGGAGCCGUGUGCUCUGGGGCAGGGAGGACGAGAUCCCGACGCCCUGCGGCCUGGAUUCGGACCCCUUCGACGCGCUCGCCAAGGGCACGCGGCCCUCCGUGGAGCCGCAUCUACUAACUGACAGCCGGGUCGGGCUGGGGGGCAUGCUGAAGUGGGGGCUCAGUUACGGUGUUGAUAUGCUUGUGAGGGCGAAGGAGAACCGCAUGGUCUGCGUGCCCGAGACAUACUGGCGGCCGCAGCUGGAGAGGGCGCUGGCCGAGCUUCGCGCCGAGGCGACCGAAAAGGGUGAGGAUGUCUCCAAGGUGUUCUUGACCGAGGGUGACAUCCUGACCGCGUGGACACUGCGUUGCGUCGUCGCCCCGCUCCGCAUGAACCCAGAACGGACGGUUGCCGCAUCAAUCGCCAUGUCCCUCCGCAAGGCCUUCGAGGGCGAUCUGAUCCCCCCAUCGGCCGAGCGGCCUUACGUCGGCAACGCCUUUGGCUGGGCCAACGUGCUCGUCCGCGCGGGCGACGUCACGUCCAAGCCGCUGAGCUGGCUCGCCCGCCAGGUCCGGCGCGCCAUCAACGAGCAGGGCACGCGUGCCCAGCACGAGGCAUAUUAUGCCAUGGUACGCGAGUCCGGCAUGGGGCUACCCAUCGUCGUCAUUGGCGACGGCGGCAUGGCACAGGUCGGCUUCUCCAACUGGGACAAGGCCGGCCUGUUCCGCCUCGACUUCGCGCCCGCCCGCACCGUACCCAAGGACGGCGUGCCCUGUCUGCCGUCGUACGUGCAGGAGAACCACGGCCCGGUCAAGCCGGCGGACGGUUUCUUUGUGCUAGGCAAGGACAGCAAGGGCAACUACUGGACGUCCGCGUACAGGGUCAAGGGUCAGUGGGCCAAGUUCCAGGAGCAGCUGGAUAAGGACUUUAAGGAGGGUAUUUGAAAUGGGGUAUUGCAAUGCAAUCUGUGGCUUUGGCAGGUUACCUAUCAUUUAAUAAGCACCCUAGAUGGGCGAGAGAUCGAAUGCCACUAUUAAAAUAUUAUCGACCAGAGCGCCUUUGGCGUAG